UUGUUAGUUAGAUGUUAGUCUGUGGUGAAACAUCAAACAUUUGUUGUAGUCUAGAGAUAAAACUUUUCUUAAUUGAAUUUGUAAUAAAAAUGAGAAACGUAGAAUUGAAAGCGAUUAUUAAUGACCUAAAUAAACUUAAAAAAUUCAUUGAGGUGAUGAAUUUAGGAGAAGCAAAAAUAAUCCAUCAGCAGGAUACAUUUUUCAAUUCUUCUACAGGUAGAUUGAAAAUGAGAAAAUUCCAGGAUGAUAAUGGUGAAUUAAUAUUUUAUGAAAGGUCAAAUACCGAAGGACCUAAAUUAUCAUCAUAUGAUAAGAUGGCUUUGGGUAACAAUGAAUUUAAAAAUUUAUACCUAAUAUUAGGCAGAUCAUUGGGUAAAUCAGGAGAAGUCAAGAAAGUUAGACAUCUUUAUGUAUUAGAACAAACCAGAAUUCAUUUAGAUUAUGUGGAAGAUUUAGGAAAUUUUAUUGAAUUAGAAGUUGUUCUCAAACCUGACCAGUCUACCGAACAAGGACAAAUGAUAGCAUUAUCUAUUAUGAAAAAAUUAGGUAUCAAUUCAGAAGAUCUUAUCUCUUGCUCGUACAUGGAUCUCAUUAGAAAAAAAAGAAAUAGUCCCCUAUCAGGCCAAAAAUUGGGAGGAAUUGGAAAAGACGCAGUCACAAUCUUCAAAAAGCAUCAGGAAAGAGCAGAAAUCGGUAACAGCAGUAGCCAAGAGUAGGAACGGAGCUUGAGUUGGUUUGCUGAGAUUUUCUGUCUGUUUGUACAUAAUCUAAAUUGCUCGAUAUUUUUAUAAAUUAGCAUUAAUUUACA